UAUAUUUUAGAAAAUGGUAAAGCGUGGGGGAGAAGAAUAUAAGAUGACAAAUAUUCCAACGAGUUUUUUUUUUAAAACAUAAUGUCAGAGAACUGAAACUGUUCUUAACAGAGCAACCAUGAAAGAUGUAUGCGUGGGGUUUCUAUUUCCAUUUAUACUCUCUCUCCUCACACAUGUUCUUCUCUUUCCUCAGGUUUCCAUUUUUGGCAAUCAAAAAGAUUACAUACGAUAACACAACCAUCACCGAAUCACAAACAUCACAUGCCUAUAUGUAUAUGUCCCUGUGUUGUAUAUAUGAGACAUUGUUCUAGGAGAGAGACCAAGAGAAGAAGAGUUAGAUGGAUAUCUCAUUUUUCCAAGCAUACCCUUUUGAUCUCCCUUGCAGUAGAGCAUUUAAUGGGGAUGGAGAAAACAAUGCAGUGGAGUUCUCUAAUAAAAGAAUGAUGGUGAAGGUGAGUGAUGAAUCAAAGAAGAAGCAGAGAUGUUCUAGGGUUUGUAGUAGAGGACAUUGGAGAGUUUCUGAGGAUUCUCAGCUCACGGAACUUGUUUCUGUUCACGGUCCUCAAAACUGGAACCACAUUGCAGAGAAGAUGCAAGGAAGAACAGGUAAAAACCAAUCUUUCCUCUGCUAUUUUUAUCAAGAAGUGAAUUUAAAAUGUUUUUUUUUCUUGCUUCUUUGGGUUGUUGAAGGCAAGAGUUGCAGACUGAGGUGGUUUAACCAAUUAGACCCAAGGAUCAACAAGAGAGUUUUCAGUGUUGAGGAAGAAGAGAGGCUACUUGCAGCUCACGGAGCAUUUGGUAACAAAUGGGCUAUGAUUGCUAAGAUUUUCAAUGGAAGAACAGACAAUGCCUUAAAGAAUCAUUGGCAUGUCCUCAUGGCAAGAAAGUUGAGGCAGCGAUCAAGUUCUUACACCAGGAGAUUCAAUGGGUCUGCUCAUAAACCUAAUGCAGAUCACACAAGCUUCGAUAUCUCUCCGGGUUCUGUAGAUGAUGAGGAGGUGAAUAUGGAAAAGAACAGCUGGAAAAUUCUAAAAGAGGGAACAACUAACAUGAAAGCUCAGUAUCCCCAAGAAGAGUAUUGUUCUCCACGUAUGCCAAUGCAUGGCCACUACUCAACCUUCUCUGCAGAUUCCUUGGCACUGACACUGCAUGUCUCCAUCCAAGAACCAUCAUCAUCAUUGUCGUCAUUAUCUCUGCCAUCAUCAUCUGCAGAAUAUACAAUGGUGGCCACCAAACCUCCAGCAUUUAUAGAUUUUCUUGGGGUGGGCCACCAAAGCCUCAACAUCUAA